CGACGAGCGCGCGCACUACUCGAGCCCAUUCCAUGAAGUUGGGAUCGAGCGUCAUGUAUAUGGUGUUCUGCAGCGGUCGCAGCGGGUGGCGGCCGAUGUAGAAGGCCCAGAAGAGGGGAAUGCCGAAGUGCAACGACGCCCGCACGAUGACGUCGAGAAGCUGCGGUCGUGUUGCGGGGGACUGGUGCGGCCACGGGAGUCCCAGCUCUUGGAGGAAUGCCUUGAGGCUCAAGAUGCCACGAUAUUGAACCUGCGAAGUUCUUCUGACAGAGGGAUCAACCUGCUCUUUCUGCAUCGCUCAUGCUGGCAUCCGCGCAGCCGUUCUCUUCUCGCGUUCGAUCAGGAGACAUCUAAGGCUAAAAGCGCCUUAAGAAGUCACGACGGACACCAAGUUCGCCUUCUUCAAGGAGACGCCACGAAGACGGAACGCAGGUGCCAGUGACCAUGGAGUUUGAGGAGGCGUUGAAACUCGUCGGGGAAUUCGGCCUGUUUCAAUGGCUCCUCAUCACCUACCUGGGGUUUUUCAUGGUCCCGAUGCACUCCAUAACAAUGGCGGUGCACGUAUUCACGCUACUCGAGCCACCACACUGGUGCCGGCAGCCAGAACUCGAGGAGACCUUCAACUUGACACCCAAGCAGGCGCGCGAGUUGGGUGUGCCUCGCGACUCGGACGGCAAAUGGAGCAGCUGUACCAUGUACGAAGUGAACAUGACGGCACUGGGCUCCUGGACACCGGGACGGUACUUCAACGAGAGCUUUCCUUCCCGGAUUGACCUGCCUGUGGUGCCCUGCCGGUCCGGGUGGCAUUACGAUUACUCACUCGUAUACCCUACCAUCGUAUCCCAGCUGGACUGGGUGUGUGGUGAAAAUUGGAAAGCGUACAUCUCCCAUACCGUCUUCUUCGGCGCCAUGUCUUUCGGAGUAGUUUUGUUUGGCGCAUUAAGUGACAUAUUCGGCCGCGUUCCCGUCACCGUGGUGGUGUACAUGCUGUCUGGCGUGGGAGCAGUGGUCACCUUCUUCACCGAAAACUUCUACGUGUUCCUGGGAACGCGAGUGCUUGUCGGCGGCGUUCUACUUGCCAUAUAUACGAACCCAUUCGUGCUAGCUCUUGAAUACAUGCCUCCGAAGAAACGCAUGCUUAUGGGGGGUGUAUUUGGAUUGGUCUACCCUCUUCUGGGUGCCGCCUUGCCAUGGGUGGCAUACGCAAUUGGCCACUGGCGUCUUCUGAACGCUGUCAUCGUAGUGCCUGCCAUAUUGGGGACCAUUGUUUCUAUGUUCGUCCCAGAGUCAAUACGGUGGCUCCUUUCCAAAGGCAAGACCGACAAAGCGAAGAAAAUCAUGCGCACCAUAGGUAAAAUAAAUGGAAAAGACGUCGAGAGAAAAGCGCUUGACUCCCUUCAGCCUCCAGAGAAGAGCGAUUCGGCCACGUCCUCUGCACUUCUCAUAUUCAAGUACCCUUGUCUUCGAAGGAGCUUCGUAAUAAUGGUUCUUGUUAGGCUCAUCGCGUGUCUUGGGAAUCAAGUGGGCCAGCUGUACGCAGCCACAGCCACCGACGACCCGUUUGUAAUGUCUUCGGCAACCAACGCCGUGGACAUUCUAGGCAUUUGGCUCGCUGUUCCAAUGGCCGACAAGUUCGGACGCAAGACGACGGCAUUGUGCUCCUACGCCCUCGCCUGUUUGUGCUAUUUGGCCUCAGGUCAAGUUUAUGCACACCGAAUGGCUCUCUUGUGCACACUAAUGGUGGGUCGGGCGCUCCUGACCAUAGCAUACGAUGUUGGAUCGGUGUACGGAGCCGAGAUUGAUCCUACCGAAAUAAGGACGCAGGCGCUGUCUAUCCGGCAAGCCUUUGGCUCACUAGGAAGGAUUCUUGGAUCGCACGUCGUGCAACUGGCCGUGUAUGGUCGUUUCGUUCCCCUCUUCAUUUUAGGUGGCCUCUCAUGCGUGGCAACACUGCUCACUCUUCCCCUGCCCGAGACAAACAACCGGAAGCUGCCCGAGACGUUCGAAGAAGCCGAGGCGAUGCAUCAUCAGACCAAGAAAGGAGACAAAGACGAGCCGAAGACGGUGAUACAGUCAACGGACGACAAAGUCAACAAUAAUUCUCACUGA